UGACACGCACAUCCUUUGACAUGGACCCCUUUGUUGUCACGUCACUAGGCAGGAAGACGUACAGGACCAGAGUCAUCAAUCAUAAUCUCAACCCAGUGUUCGAGGAGAAGCUCGUUUUCCAGGUUCUGCAGCAUGAGAAGAACUACUCGAUGAACUUUACAGUCAUGGAUCGGGACAAGUUUUCUGGCAACGACUAUAUUGGCAUGGUCAACUUCCCGCUCGAGAAAGCAGUUUCGGUAGCGCCCGAAGCGGAUCCUGCGACUGGCUUGUAUAAGCUUCCUGACCCGCAGGAUACGUCACCCGUCCCCGAGGCCAAAAGAUCUCGCUUCCGCCUUCCCAUGUCACGCUCAUCGUCAACUCACAGCCUGAGUCGCCUGAGGCCUGGAUUGAAGAAGGAGGGCUCUGCAAGCUCCCUCUCCACUAUAAGCAAGGAGGCGAGUGGUAAUUCACUGCCUCCCCCCACGAGCAUUCCUGAAAUCCCUCCUUCAGAGAACAGCGGAUGUGCUACACCUGUCCCAGCUAUCAAUUUGGAUCCCUCGGUUGUGGAUGAUCAGGAUUUGAAGACUUACACACUUCCUCUCGAAAUGAAGAACAAAGAACGGUGGGAAGCGAAGCACUGUCCCACUCUUUACAUCAGGGCAAAAUACCUUCCGUAUAAGGCUUUGAGACAGCAGUUUUGGAGAGCCAUGCUGAAACAAUAUGAUGCGGAUGACAGUGGCCUCGUGGACAAAGUUGAGCUCACAACCAUGUUGGAUACACUAGGCUCCACCUUGCACGAGUCGACUAUUGAUGGCUUCUUCAAGAGAUUCUUGGCCGAGAACAACAACGAAGAAAUCUUGACUUUUGACCAAGCGGUGAUUUGCUUGGAAGACCAACUGCAGAGUACUGAGCGCUCGUCCCAAAAGUCCGCCUGGAGUCGGACGAUGCAAUCAAGUGGUGAUCUCACAAGCUCCACCCCAGGUAGCAUGACCCCCUCAAUGACAUCUGAGGCGCUCAACCAAGAUCCCACCAGCACGGCAAUUCCCACGAUUCCCGUCGAGACUCUAGGACAGGAAGGCGAGGAGGGCGACGCAUUGUACAAACCAGACGAGCUGGGAGACGAAAAGGAAGAAGAGCACGUUGUUGAGAUCCGGGAAUGCCCCAUCUGCCAUCAACCGCGACUGAAUAAAAAGUCCGAUUCGGAUAUCAUCACCCACGUCGCAACCUGUGCCAGCCAAGAUUGGCGUCAGGUGAAUAACAUCGUCAUGGCGGGCUUUGUUACGUCUAGCCAGGCUCAGAGGAAAUGGUACACGAAAGUGAUUAAACAAAUCUCGUACGGUGGGUACAAGCUAGGUGCAAAUUCGGCCAACAUUCUGGUGCAAGAUCGGAUUACCGGCCAGAUCAAUGAGGAGAGGAUGAGUGUGUACGUCCGUCUUGGCAUUCGUCUUCUGUACAAAGGGCUAAAGGCGAACAACAUGGAGAAGAAGAGAAUCCGUAAGCUACUUCGCUCUCUCAGCUUCAAGCAGGGGAGAAAGUACGACGAUCCCGCUUCCGCUGCCGAAAUUCCCGGCUUCAUCGCUUUCCAUCAGCUCGACAUGUCUGAAGUGCUCCUUCCCACGUCUGAGUUCAAGACAUUCAACGAGUUCUUCUACCGCGCAUUGAAACCGGGAGCCCGCCCAUGCUCCGCUCCAAAUGACCCAAGGGUUGUUGUUUCUCCUGCUGAUUGCCGCGCGGUUGUCUUCAACCACAUUGAAACAGCGCAGGCAAUCUGGGUCAAGGGGCGCGAGUUUACCCUGCAGCGUCUUCUUGGUGAUGCGUAUCCGGAGGAUGCGAAGCGGUAUGUCGGAGGGUCUCUGGGUAUCUUCCGUCUUGCGCCUCAAGAUUACCACCGAUUCCACAUUCCAGUGGAUGGUGUUAUGGGCGAACCCAAAACCAUUGAAGGUGAAUAUUACACGGUCAACCCGAUGGCAAUCCGGUCGGCGCUGGAUGUGUACGGCGAAAACGUGCGCGUACUUGUUCCAAUUGAUUCGGUUGCCCAUGGCCGAGUAAUGGUCAUUUGUGUUGGCGCAAUGAUGGUCGGUAGCACCAUGAUCACGCGCCAGGCUGGGGAGCAGGUGAAGAGAGCGGAGGAGCUGGGCUAUUUCAAGUUUGGCGGCAGCACUUUACUGCUCCUGUUUGAGCCUGGACAGAUGAAGUUUGAUGACGAUUUGGUCGCCAAUUCCAAGGCGGCUUUGGAGACUCUGAUUCGGGUUGGUAUGUCCAUUGGCCACAGCCCAGAAAGGUCACCACAUGUUUCGGAUAUGCGCAAGGACAACCCGACCCUGGAGGAGAAGCAAGAUGCUAAACGCCGUAUUGAGGGUAGCUUGGCCCCAGCAGGCGUCCAAGGCCCUAUGGCAGGGGCGGGAAUGUGAAGAUUUGAUUGAUGGGUACACUAAAAGAGGCACAAUUCACGUGUAGUGCCUCUUUGGUCGGAUAUGUCGGGGUUCUAGCCUCAAGGAUGGCAUGAUAGACACGGACAAUAUGUGCAUGGAGCGAAGCAUACUGGAUAGCGGCUUGGGAGCUGCUCUCCUUGGCGUUGUUUGUGAUUAGCGUGAUUGUACCUGAGAAUACACAUGGUUAGUUUUGGACUGUAGUAGCGUUGCC